AUGCCGCAUGAGGUUCAAUAUGCAGAUGGAGUUUCAUCUAUUGGCUUGCUGGUCAGAGACUCCUUUCCACUCCUUCUCACCACUGGUUUGUCCAAACCCACUCUCACCUUCGGGUGUGGAUUUGAUCAAAGAGUUCCACCUUCUACCGUGCCUAAUGUUGUUGGCAUCCUUGGUCUUGGCCGUUCGCCACUGACAAUUGCAUCACAGCUACGAGCACAGAGUCUAAUCCAAAAUGUCUUUAGCCAUUGUUUAGGCAGCCGAGGUGGGGACUACUACUCGCCGGGGUAUGGAGAUAUCCUCUUUGAUGGGAAGGUUACUCCUAUAAAGCAUCUUGACGUGGUUUUCGACUCCGGGAGUACCUACACCAUUUUUGCUCCCCGUGCAUAUACAGCUACACUUGCUCUGGUGAGGAAUAGUUUAAGGGGAACUCCACUAAGAUCAAUCAAUGACACAUUCCUCCCAGUCUGCUGGAAAGGCCCAAAACGCUACAGAGUUGUUGGUGAAGUCAGGAACUACUUCAAGCAAAUGGCACUCCUCUUUUCAAGAAUCAACAAUGGUCAGCAGCUUCAAUUGCCUCCAGAAGCUUAUCUUAUCACCUCAGCGAGCAAUCUAGCUAGCAGCUUUUUCU